GCCAUGAGUUUUUAAGAAAAGUUCAUUAAUGAUACAUAGAAAUACUUAAAAAUAAAAUAUAAUUUGAGUUUUCAAUAAAAUAUUGCAUUAGUUCAAAAGAGGCUCCCUGCGCUAGAGAUGCAACAGCAUUUUAAUAUUCUACAACAAUUUCUGCGUAUCCAAUGUUAAACAAAAGUAUGGUGAUACUGAGGAAGAAAAGCCUACAUUUGGCAAAUUUUGUGGUUACCAUUGGAAGGGUGUGUUUAGCAUAAUAGUGCCCAUAAUUUUAAUACCCGUUCCCCUGUUAAAUGAAGGAGCUGAAUUCCGUUGCAUGUAUUUGAUAAUGAUUUGCUGUCUUUACUGGAUAACAGAAUGUAUUCCCCUAUAUGUUACUUCACUAAUGCCCAUGUUUGCGUUGCCACUAUUGGGGAUUUUGGACUCUGAGACUACCUGUAUGCAAUAUUUUAAAGAUACCUUGGUCAUGUUUUUGGGUGGUUUAAUUGUUGCCUUGGCAGUGGAAUAUUGUAAUCUACACAAGAGAUUGGCCUUAAGAACUAUUCUAAUAGUGGGCUGCAGUCCAAGACGCUUGCAUUUUGGCCUAAUAUGUGUAACAAGUUUUAUAUCAUUAUGGAUUUCAAAUGCGGCCUCAACAGCCAUGAUGUGUCCGAUAAUUAAGGCGGUAAUGGAGGAAUUGGAAACGAACAAUGUUAUAGAUGUUUACAUGGAUGAGACGGUUGAACCAGCAGUAGAUGGUAAAAAACAUCCCUCUAAAAUUGCCAUGGGUUUCUAUUUUGGUGUAGCCUAUGCUUCGACUAUAGGUGGCUGUGGUACUCUUAUAGGUACCGGCACUAAUUUGACCUUAAAGGGAAUAUAUGAAAAUCGCUUUCCCGAUGCCACAGAUAAAAUAGAUUUUCCCAAAUUUAUGGCUUGGUCUAUGCCCAUGGUUGUGGUUGAUACUUUGUUGCUGUACAUUUGCCUGCAAAUUACACACUUUGGUUUGUUUCGUCCCCAUAGCAAAGAGGGUGAAGAAGUGGCAAAAGGUACCUUGGCUAAGGAUACGGUUAAGGCUGUUGUUGUGGAAAAAUAUGCUGAAUUGGGACCCAUGUCGGUGCAUGAAUGGCAGGUUUUAUGGUGGUUUGUUUGCAUGGUUGUUUUACUGUUUACCCGGGCUCCUGGUUUUAUGCCCGGUUGGGGAGAUUUUUUUAAUGCCGUAUCCAUAAGAUCUUCCUGUCCGGUUAUGUUUGUGGUCUUGGCUUUGUUUAUGUUUCCCAUGACUUGUUUCUGUUGUAGCCACUGUAAAUCGGAAGGUCCCUAUCCAACGGUCCGUGAAAAGGCUCUCUUAGCCUGGGAAUUUGUUAACGCUAACACACCCUGGGGAUUGGUGUUUCUGUUGGGCGGUGGUUUCGCCCUGGCCGAGGGCAGUCAAAGCAGUGGCAUGGCUAAACUUUUAGGUCAAGCUAUGACCUUUCUAUUAAAUUACCCCGCCUUGGCAGUGCAAAUGGCCGCUAUAAUCUUUGCCACGGUCCUUACAAAUUUCAGUGCUAAUGUACCGAUUUGUAAUAUUCUAGUGCCCAUUUUACAGGAAUUGGCUGUGGCCAUUAAAAUGAAUCCCAUAAUGUUGGUAUUUCCAGCGGGUAUUGCUUGCAGCAUGGCUUUCCAUCUGCCAGUGGGUACACCAGCAAAUGCUAUUAUAGCCGGUUAUGCGGGCAUUAAAUCGAAAUAUAUGGCCAGUGCCGGUAUUUUACCCAGUAUUUUUACCAUGAUUAUGCUUUUAGUCAAUGUUCAAACUAUGCACUAUAUUGUCUAUCCCAAUCGUGAAUUUCCAGAAUGGGCCUCUGCAGAACCGGCAGCAGACAAACGCUUAAUGGAACUUUAAAUUGUAUGUUAUAGUUUAAAGUUUAAACUUUAAACAUUUAUUUUAUUUAUUACAACUUUAAAAUAAACAUUUUAUUAU